AUGACGCUCUACUACACGCUUGUGUUCGCCCUUCUCAUGUUUGAGAUGGCGCUCUUCAUGUUCCUCAUCGUCCCGCUGCCUCACAACGCCCGCCGCACCAUCCUUACCUUCAUCUCCGAGAACAAGACCGUCGGCCAGAUUCAGCAUGGCCUCAAGAUUACCUUCAUCUUCAUCCUCGUCCUCUUCAUCGACUCCGUGAACCGCGUCUACCGUGUCCAGAUGGAGCUCUCCGACACCAUGGAAAAGGCUGCCCGCAGCGGCGGAACCGUCGUCCUCGGCCACGAGCGCACCGAAGUCCAGGCCCGCAAGUUUUACGCCCAGCGCAACAUGUACCUCUGCGGCUUCACCCUCUUCCUCUCCCUGAUCCUCAACCGCACCUAUGCCAUGAUCAAGGAUAUCGUCCGCCUCGAGGAGCGGCUGCGCGCCUACGACGGCGACAAGAGCUCGUCUGCCAAGGCCUCCUCGACUGAGGUCGCCGCUCUCAAGAAGCAGCUUGAACUCAAGGAGCAGGACCUUCAGACCCUGAAGAAGCAGAGCGAGCAGCUGCAUAAGAGCUACAAUGACCUCAGUGAUCAGUAUGACGCCAACCAGGUCAAGGAGAGCAAGAAGGAGAAAUAG